CCAUCUAAAGCCCAAAAACUAUAAAAUUGAAGAAGAAGCCGAGCUCAGCGAAAUCUCGGUGAGCACAUCUCAACUCGGCUACGGCGGAGACGGCGGCGACAUUUUGUAGCAGACAUGUACAUUCAAAAGAAGACUAUGUUCCAAAAAAAGGAAAAAUGAAGAAGAAGAAGAAUCUUGACUGGUUUGGUUUUGAUAUUUGUGAAGUUAGAAAUGGAAGAAGGAAACAGUCAGAAUCAGAUACAGAGGUCAGAUAUUGGAGAAGAAAACACCCAAACUUUGGAAUCAAAUAGAAUUACAGACCAACAUCUGUUACAGUUUCUAGAUUCAACUGACGACUAUUUAACCCAAAUGGAUUCAUUGUCUAUGAUGCUACGCCAGGGAUGGUUUGAACUAGCCAGUGCACGAUAUUCCAUGGGUGCGUCGCGUGUGAGCAGCGCAAUGUUGGACUUAAAUUCUCAUUCUGCUGCUACUUCAGUGCAAGUUUCAGAAGAUGUUGAUUCGGGUGUUCGGAAAGCUCGGUUUGCAUUGUGCAAAUGGGGUUCCUCUGAUAAUGUAAAACAAGGAUUUGGAGAGGCAAAACUUGGGGAUGACAGCUUGCAGCUACGACAUCGGAGCUCUUCUCCUUUUUCUGAAUCAACAGAGAAAGCCUCACCACAAAAUGGAGCUCCACUUAUAGUUGAUGAUCAAAUUCAGAAGGAGCGAUCGAAAUCACUGUCUGUGUUUGGCACUUUGGUUUCUCCAAAGCUUCGAACUGCCCAACUUUCAUUUGAAACAGCACUGGAGAAGCUUGUAGAGAUUGCCAAUGCACGCUCAACUAUGCUAUCUACUUUCGAUCAAGUGAACAAAAAACUGGAAGAGACUUAAUACUUACCCCAUCUCAACUUUAUGAGCUCAAACAAAGAAGAGAGGUGUUUUUUAAGUGCAUACGGCCUCUUAUUUUCUAAGAUUGAGAUAUUAAAGUUAUGAAAAACCAUUUGGAUAAUAAUAGCAUUUGGUGUAAUUUUGGAUGAACCAAGUGGGGGAUAGCUGAAAUAAUCAAAUAUGUUGUUUAAGUUCUUCACAGACACAAUAAUAAUUAAUAAUUAUUAUAAUUUUUUGGUCCA